UGGUGAAAACAGGUGAGGCGCUGGGUGUGUCCCUGAACAGGUCUGCCGGGGAGGAGAGAGGGAGGAGAGGAGGAGGAGAGAGGAGGUUAUUUAUGCCGCGGCACAUCGGCGGACAUGGACUCAGUCAUGGCUCUCAUCAAAGUGAUCUGUGUGGCGACUCUGCUGACUCUCCUGACACAAGAGUCUCACUCACAACUGAAUGUGUGUGGCAAGCCUCCGCUCAACACCAGGAUCGUCGGCGGACAGGUGGCCCCUGAAGGCAGCUGGCCCUGGCAGGCCAGUCUGCACCGAGGUGGGCACUUCUGUGGAGGUUCCCUCAUUAACAACCAAUGGGUGCUGACUGCUGCUCAUUGCUUCCCCAGCACCAGCACAAGUGGACUGAUUGUGUAUCUGGGUCGCCAGAGUCAACAGGGAUUGAACCCUAACGAGGUGUCUCGGACCGUAGCACAAAUCAUCAGACAUCCCAACUACAACUCGAACACUAACGACAACGACAUCGCCCUCCUGAGGCUCUCCUCAACCGUGACCUUCACCAACUUCAUCCUGCCGGUGUGCCUGGCCGCCCCGGGCAGCACCUUCUUCAGCGGCACCGACUCCUGGGUCACCGGCUGGGGCAACAUCGGAUCUGGAGUUCCGCUUCCUUCCCCACAAAAUCUGAUGGAGGUGGAGGUGCCGAUCGUGGGGAACAGGCAGUGUAACUGCGACUACGGGGUGGGCUCAAUCACGGACAACAUGAUCUGCGCUGGGCUUCGCACCGGAGGGAGGGACUCGUGUCAGGGGGAUUCAGGUGGUCCGAUGGUGAGCAAGCAGAACGGUCGCUGGAUCCAGGAGGGAGUCGUGAGCUUUGGAAAUGGGUGCGCCCUGCCUAAUUUCCCUGGAGUCUACGCCCGAGUGUCCCAGUACCAGUCCUGGAUCAACAGUCAGAUCACCAGCAACCAGCCGGGCUUCGUCACCUUCACGUCCACUGGGACCGACAGCGACCUCAGUGUCACCUGCAGCGGGUUGCCACCAGCACCAACCACCGUCCCUCCAACAACCACAGCCAAGCCUGUGGUCUGCGGUCAAGCCCCAAUGAAUUCACGCAUUCUGGGAGGAAGCUCGGUGGCAUCUGCUGGCAUUUGGCCAUGGAUGGCAAGCCUGCAGAAGAAUGGAAAUCAUACGUGCGGGGGGACUCUGGUGUCCCUGGACGCUGUGCUGAGCAACGCCGACUGCUUCUCAAGUUCUCCCGUACCUUCUGAAUGGACUGUGGUUUUGGGUCGCUUGAAACAGAAUGGAUCCAAUCCCUUUGAGGUGACACUGAAUGUGACAAAUAUCACUCUGAGCAACCUCACUGGGUCUAACGUAGCAGUGCUGCAGCUGGCAACGCAGCCCACCCUGUCCGACUACAUCCAGCCCAUCUGCCUGGACAGCGGACGGACCUUCACUGUGGGCUCCACGUGCUGGGCUGCUGGCUGGAGCUCCGGACGAGGAGGGGAGGAACAAGUUCUGCAGGAGUUCCAGACCUCAGUGGUGAACUGUGGGAACACAUCAUCGAGUGACAACAUUUGCACAGGUUCCUUUACACUGGAGCAGGGAGAUUCUGGCGGCCCGUUGAUGUGUAAGCUGGACGGCUCUUGGUUCCAGGCAGCCGUGCUACCAAUGGCGAACAACACCACCAUUCAAACACGAGAGUCAAUGAUGGUCUUCACCAAGCUGAGCGUCUUUGAGAGAUUCCUGGCUGCGACACUGGGAACGUUCUUAUCUCCAUCCUCCAACGUCAACAGCACCUCCACGCCGACCAGCAUGGCCACCACCUCUGGGGCCACUUCUGCCCACUCGCCCUUCCUCUUCUUUGUCCAUCUCCUCGUCCUCUCCGCCUGUCUCCCCCUCUUCUCGUAGAAACUUGAUCUGUAAAUAGUGAUUUACGUGAUGUCAUGAGCUCAGAUGAAUAUAAGCAACCUUGACUUUGAGGGACAACGUCAGCUUUAAGCUGCAUCAACUAAUCAUUGACUUGAUUCCUUCUCUGUUGGUGAGCAGCAGAGUAGUGAAGCUGGCAGGGUUUUGUGAGGCAGUUCUGUUCAACAGGACACUCAAACAUCAAGCACUUCCAUUCUGCCUUUCACACUGCAUAUUCAUCACCCUGGGCUGUUAGCUGGCCCUGAAGCACACACUGGUAACCAGGGGCCGACCCUGAGGCUGUUCCAAGAACCUGAAACAAGUCCACUUUCUUUUUGCUUCAGGCACCUAAGACUACCAUGACCUGGAUGACUGAGAACCUUCACAGACAACUCGCAUGCUGAUUGAUGGUUCAGCUGCACAGACAGCUGGUUAACCCACACUGUGGAGCGACUGACCAUGAAUCAGCCUUAAGCCCCGGGCUCCAUAAGUCAGUCUGCACGUUCACUGGCACACGCCGCAAAUGUCGUCAUGCAGGAUGAGGUUUUACUGUGGCCCUGCUGCAGGGUCAGCAUGCCUUAGACUAGAGUCUAAAGGGCCAGUGAGGGAGAGCUUCAUUAGCCCUGUGCUGAAUGCAGUGUGAAAGGCUGACUGUGAACACAAGGCUGUGACCCCGUCGUUCACAAGGGGGUCAGGCAGGAACUGCUCAACGCUCAGCCCGCUUCACUACUCUGUAAUGAAACAUGAUUGAUCUCUGUUAUCAUAAGCUUGACUUUUCUUUUUUUGGACAUUAAGUGCAUCCAGUGUAAUGUGAAAGGUGUGAAAUGAAGACGUUUUUAAAGAAGUACUGAACAGAUGUAUGAAAGCAGCCUCGCUGUUCAUGGUUUUUGAAGCAACACGGACUGUUGGGAUAUCUGCACCUUGUCGAUUUUUAAUCAACACAAUGUUAAAUCUGUGCACUCUUUGUUAUAUAUUUUAACUGCUGAAAUUAGUUGCUCCUUCUCCACAACAGGAUUAGAUUGGAAAAUAAACCUAAAGAUAUCUGAGCAACACAGUAACCUGACCGGCCUGUCCAUCAUCUACCUCAUGUUGUCAUGCACCAUAAAGAGCGACUGUACUAUCUGAAGGGAAUAACUGUAAUGAACUUUAAACCUUUAAAUGAAGUGAAAAUCCUUUUUCGA